UAUUUAUAUUUAUUUAAUCUUAAAAAAAAAAUAUACAAUAAUUACUCCAAUUAUUUCAAUUUCACUUUCAACUGCCAGUGAUUUCAUUAAAAAUAAAAAUAAUUAGCACAUUAUGUGAUUAUUUGAAAAUAUUUUUAGUGAAGUUGUCAGAUUUGAAAAAAAUACGUGCUCCAUUUAAAGUGUUUUGUAUAUUUAUCAAAUAAAUAUUCUUGGAUGGAUAAAAAGAGCUACUGGAUCUUAAGUAAUUACGCGUGUUGAUGUUAAAAUAGUUAAAAGUUAUCUGUUGAUAGUGAUGCAACGUAAAAAAAAUGCUUGCAUUGAAAUUAAAUAUUUUAUGUUUAUCGUUACUAUGGAUGUUAUCAGUUAAUUGAAAUUGGAUCAAAUGGUUUUUCAAAACAUCAUGAGGAAUCCCGGAUUCCUCUUUGAACACGCAAGACAUGGAUACAUUCAAUAUAUUAGUUUAAGCGAGUGUUAUUUCGCGGGAAAAGGCGCAGCGUUGGUCCUGCCACCAAAUGAACGAGCCAGACCAUCACGGCGGGUAUCCGCAGCAGGAUGUGAUAUACAACAGCAUCUGCAGUCCAUGUUUUACCUGCUCAGACCCGAGGAGACCUUAAAAAUGGCCGUGAAGCUGGAGUCCGUGCAUCCGGGAAGAACACGUUACUUGGUAGUUGUGUCCUGCAAUGGUCGACAGGAUGCUGAAGAGAGUUGUCUGCUCGGUAUCGACUGUCAUGCUAGAGCAACUGUCGGUCUCGUUCUCCGGGUACUGGCUGACACCGCAAUAACCCUCGAUGGUGACGGGGGCUUCAGCGUAAGCGUAUGUGGUUGUCAGCACAUCUUUAAACCUGUGUCUGUUCAAGCGAUGUGGUCGGCAUUGCAGACUCUGCACAAAGUAUCGAGCAAAGCACGAGAACAGAAUUACUUUUUGGGAGGAUUGUCUCAUGACUGGGUCAGUUACUAUGAGCAAAGAAUCGAGAGUGAUCGGUCGUGUCUCAACGAAUGGCACGCGAUGGACAAUCUCGAGUCGCGAAGGCCGCCCUCGCCAGACAGCGUUCGGAGCAAGCCACGUGAGCGUGAAGAAACAGAACGUGUUAUCCGUGAUACCUUGAAAGGAAUAAUGAUGUCCGUGGACUUGGAUGAAGUGACCUCGAAAUAUAUACGGGGCAGACUUGAAGAGGAUCUUGAUAUGGAUCUCGGUGAAUUCAAGCCAUUUAUUGAUCAAGAAAUGCUCACUAUUUUGGGACAAAUGGAUGCGCCUACGGAAAUUUUUGAUCAUGUUUAUCUUGGUAGCGAGUGGAAUGCCAGCAACCUUGAGGAACUACAAAAGAAUGGGGUAAAACAUAUUUUGAACGUGACCAGAGAGAUUGACAAUUUUUUCCCGGGUAUGUUCAAUUAUUUAAAUGUGCGAGUGUACGACGAUGAGAAAACGGAUUUGCUUAAGCACUGGGACGACACAUUUAAGUACAUAACAAAAGCGCGCAAAGAGGGUUCAAAAGUGCUGGUGCAUUGCAAGAUGGGCGUAUCGCGUUCAGCUUCUGUGGUGAUAGCGUACGCAAUGAAAGCCUACAAUUGGGAUUUUUCUCAAGCAUGGAAACACGUGAAAGACAAACGGAAUUGUAUAAAACCAAACAAUAAUUUUCUCCUGCAGUUGGAAACCUAUCAAGGAAUUUUAGACGCGAUGAAAAACAAAGAAAAAUUACAGCGUUCUAAGUCAGACACAAAUUUAAAAUCACCAACAACGUCAGCGGCGAUGACAACCAGCAACGCGCGACCGGGCAGAACGAAGGGAAACAGCGUCGAGUGUGAGGAAGACAAACACGAGACGCGAAACGGAAUAACUAAUCAAGCAUCAGGACUGGAGUUAAAAAAAACUGGCAAGAGGCCCAAGAGCUGGUCGCCAUAUGUCGAGAUCGUUGAUAAUAUUUUACCAGCUCCUUUGUCACAGUCGCUGGAGAGCAUCGACAAGACUGCGACGGCAGUAACCGUCACGGAGAUAACGCGGGAGGAGCUGCUGCGUGCGGCAAAUGUUAAACAGCCGGCGGUAGAGCAGGAGGCGAGGAAUGUCCUGAUGCCUUGUGACAAUGGCCAGUCCUACAGCGUCUCCCAGAACCAGAUAGUCCAUCUACCAGGUCCUGACACAACUCCCAGCAGCAAGUGUCUCAGCAAGCUCGAGAUCCAGGGCCACAGACGACGGGGUCUUGUUCUUAAUUUGACGAAUCAAUUUGAAUCGGGCAGCAAACCUUCAUCUCCAGAGUCCGAUGAUGGUGUCAAGCCUCUGAGUAGUCCUUCAGAUAACGAACGUGUGGUUGAAAAUGGCCUGGAUCCAUGUCGUCAAAAAGUUUAUGAUAAAGAUACGCGAGUUAAUGAUUGUCUAGUCUGGACAGCUUCAACAGCUGACAAUAAAUUUAGUAAUCUAUUAAGUAGCAAUAAAAAUAGUCUCUCUGGAGGUACUAGUGAUACAAGUGAAGCAAUUGCUUCUGCUAGUGUUACUAAUACCAAUACUAAUACAAGUGUAAGUACAAGUACAAGUAUGACUAUCAGUUUAAAUACUGGAAUGAGUACAAGUACAAGUACCAGUUCUAGUACCAACACCAACACAAGAAGAAGGACUAAAAAAGACGGUGAUUUAUUUAGCGCACAGUUAGACAAAGUAUUUGAUCGUGAAGAAAGACGGGAACCGCGCGAGCUACCGAGUCGUCAGAGCUCUUGGAGCAGCUACGACAGUGCUGUUGUACUUGACAAUAAUUCUGUUCACAGUUCUUGGGCGACUUUACCAUCGAGGAACAGUUCCUGGGGAUCGUAUGACAUGCGUCCGAAUCCAGACCCUCUGGGUUCCAGCGGACUGUUUCCUUAUGACAGAGAAGAAAUACCCUGGCAUCCGGGAACGGUAAAGCGCACGAAACAAAAACUGGAAGAAGGGACUGGAACUGGGACUGUAAAACGUGUCUGCACACAGAGUGAUGAGGAAAAAUUAUUGAUGGUAAAUAAUAGUAGUAGUAAUAUUAAUGGUAACAUUAAUAAUUCAAGACUGCCGACUGAUGAUGCCAAUGCAGAGUCAUAUCCUGUAUUGCUCGAGCAGUGCAACCCCUCGCCUACGCCACAAAGGCGAGACUCGUCGCCGACUGAUGACAAUCAUAAAGAAACAGUCGACAGCCCUGUCAGGGGAAUAGACAUUUCACCGGCGGCAGUCACUAGACAAAUUGGAAGACUAUCGACUAGCGCACCAGCACCCUCAGCUCUCUUGACUGAUACCGACCUGCCAUCGGGCUCAUUAUUGAGAACUUGUAGAUCUGAGAGCGAGACCUCGAGCCCCUGUGUUGUCAAUACACCCCAGUGUCCGUCUGUCAAACACCACAAAAUGAUCCUAGAGAAUUUAAAUAAUAAACCGAAUUUUAGCAAACGUUGUCUCUCUGUCGACGACUCGCCACCCGAGCCACCCUGUUCUUCAGCUUCCUCUUCAUCUUCGUCUUCAUCUUCUUCUUCGUCAUCCUCCGAAGGCUCGCGAAACAAAGCGGGAAUCGUAAAGAAUCUCAAGAAAGAGUUCGAAGCUAAAAGCAAAUUUGAAAAAAGUCCCGACACAAAUUCCGCAGCCGGUGAAAACAUCACCGAAGGCUGGCCAAAACGAGACUCGAAAAUAAUACGGAGUCUUCCCUCUUCUCCGGUUAUCGCUCACAGCGAGUCGAAAAUACGGACGUCCUCUAGCAUCACUGCCACCUGCCGUGACAGCAGUUCGAUGAUGGGCAAAGACGAUGACCCGGACUCAAGACCAGACAGCUCUGAAGAUUUAUCAGUAAAAGUACUUGUAGGUAAAUACGAAGUCGCUAAACCUCCCGGUGACUUACGAAGGACCGAGGCCAUUCAAUUACGUUCGCACAAGGACCGAGAUUUUACUGCCGGACUGGAAGUCCAUCCCCCGGCAAAGUCCAGAAUCGCACCCCAAGAAUUCGCACGUCGAUCCGCGCCUAUUAUUAUAAACUCCUCGGUGUUCAUGGCGGAAGGGAGCGGCGCCGUGGGUGUCGAAGCACCCGGUAGGCCUCCAAUGGUACCAUCGCCGAGUGUUGUUGUCGCAAGUGUCGUAGCAAAAGCCGCUAAAAAACAACAGCAACAGCAUGGCCGUACUCAUCCACUCACCAGGCUGCAGGUCAGGCCUAGGCACAGCAGCCCCGUCUACAAUACUAUGUAAAUUUAUAUUUAUUUUUUUUUCUUUUUACUAUCAUAUAUUAUAUAUACACUUUUAGUACCGACGAAUAAUAUUUUGCUACAUACUGACUUUUCUUUUCGUCUUGUGUGAUCUCGUCAGCGCUAAUUUUACAGUCAUUAAUACUCAAAUCCACAGUCAAGUGGACAAAUAUAUAUAUAAAUAAAUACUAUUAUUAUUAUUAUUGUAAGUGUGUGUUUAGUAGUAAUGAUUGUUUGUAAUUAUAAUAGAUGUAGCUUUGCUUUUAUUUUUAAUAUUUUUAUUGGUAAUAAAUAUAUGAGCUCGAUAUUUAUUUUAAACAAGCGGGAAUUUAACGGAAUGAUAGCUUGUGUAUCGCGUGAUUACUUGAACAAGUUAAAUAACCGGGGUAAAAAAGUGUCUCAUGUUACCGGAAAAAUAAAAGCAAAAUUUUAUUAAGGCCAGUCCCCCCCCCACUUUUUUAAAAUUUUCGAAUGACUUCCAACUGUCAUCAGCGUAUCGAAAUUUUAUCAAUUAAUUAAAAAAUUAAAGCAUUAAUUGAAAAAAUGUCAAUUUCGCCGAGACAUAGAUUUUUGAAAAAAUUAUUUACAGUUGAUAUCAAUUAGGAGUUAAACGAAAUUUUGAAAAUAAAUUUCGGUUAAAUCUUCAUGUCAACAUUUUAAUUUUGAAUUUCAAAUUUGUGAAGCUAAAAUUCAUUUACCAAAUUUCGUUUAACUCCCAAUUGAUAACAACUGUGAGUAAUUUUUUAAAAAAUCUAUAUCUCGGCGAAAGUGUCAUUUUUUUAAUUAAUGCUUUAAAUUUUUGAAAAUUAAUUAAUAAAAUUUUAAAAUGAUUAUGACAAUUGAAAGUUAUUAAAUAAAUUUUUAAAAAAGGAAGGGGGGGGGGGGCACAGAUAAACCUCUCGGGUCAAUCAAAAAAUGCCCUUAAUAAAUGGCGGGAAAAAUUUAAAUAAUAAAAAAUUUGUUUUUAAACUUUCGCGCCAUUAAUUAAAUUUCAAGUGAAAUGAAUAAAAAUUCAGUUUGAUUUUUAUUUUUUCAUAAAAUGAGGCAGCCCUAAAAAUAACCGGUGGUAAAAUCACCCGGAACCCCAACCGGAGUAAAAAUAACCGGCGGUAAAAAAUUGAAUUUUUGAAUUUAAAAUAAUACUAAUUAAAAAAAAAAGUUAUUUUUACUCUGGUAGUAUAAAAAAUAACGGAUAAAUAAACGUACAAUUAAAUAAAUGAUUUAAAAUCGUUGAUUGGUGAGCACUCGGUCAGGCUGUGAAUGUAACGUCUGAGGCUCGCGUGUGUUCUAGCUUGUUCUAUUAUCAAAAUAUAUUAUUAUUUUUCUUUUGAUUAAAUUAAUUGAUUAAAUAUAAUUAUCGGUGAUAAUUUUUCAUCCAGCUAUUAAUUUCGUGUUCAGAUAAAACUAAAAAGUAAUAAAAAUCUGUUGAUUUUAUUGAGCUCUCGAUUGUAAUUUAAAAUCCAGUGAUAAAUAAAAUAAUAUUUGGAUAAGAUGUCUAGCUUUUGUGUAUUGUUAGUGUUUAAAACGACUAUUAAUGUGAUUAGAAAGCACUCGGGAGUGCACUGGAGAUAGAUAUUUUCAGCGGUUAAUAUUUUAUAAUAAAUUUCAUUGAUUUAUUAUUAAUGUAAGUGUACAAGUGUAUGUAUAUAUAUAGAAUGAAUGUAUUAAUCCUACUCUUUAUACUCCUAUUAAAUAAUAAUAACAAUUAUAUUUAUAAUUGCCGGUAAUUAUGCAGCUUUUUUUAUUUUUUUUCACAGCAAAUAUUUUUUAAUUUUUUACGCGCCUUUUUUUUUUUCAAAUUUGCUUUCACAAAUUAAGAGUGAAAAAUAAAUAAAAUUUAAGCUGAUUAAUUUACAGAAAAAAUGAGUGUCAAUGUAGCAGACAUCAGACAAAUUUAAAAUUGUAAAUAAAUAGAGUAAAUAAUUAAAAAAAAAUAUUUGAAAAAAAUGCACUUAUUAAUUUGGAAAUUUUUUAAAUGCGUAUUUUUUUUUAAUUUUAUUUUAUUAAUUAUUUACUCUAUUUAUUAAUAAUUUUAAAUCUGUCUGAUGUCUGGUAAAUUCAAACUCAUAAAAAAAAAAUUUUGUCUAAAAUAUAUUAAGUCUGCAUAAUUACCAAUCGUCGUAUAAAAAGUUAUAUAAGUUUUUAUAAUAUAAUUAUAAUUAUAAUUAUUAAAUUUCUGUGCCACUGUUAUCAUCGCCGGCUUCGCAUUCGCGUUUACGUCGUCAUUAUCUGCUGAAUGUACUAGUAUCAAUUGUUUUAAAUUAAUCGUGAAUGCAUGAAAUUUUUUUUUAUAUAUAUUUAUAUAUGUUAUAUAUUAUAUAAACAUUUUUUUUUAGUUUUAAAUUGAUCAUGACAAAAGUAAUAACAAUUUAAUUUAUUAUAAUUAUUUUUUUUUAGUAAUUUUAAAAUAUCAGACGUACAAUUCUAUGCGACUCUCAUGCAAUGAGUACAUAUCAAGAAAAAUAAAAUGCUUGCUAGCUUUGAAGUUUUUUUAAAAUUGUAAACGCGCAUUGGAGGGUCAAAGUGGCUAUUGUAUUGAACAAAUAAAUAACUUAAAUAAUAUGAUAAUAUAAAAAAUUAACUUAGAUAUUGACCAAUUUUGUAAAACUCCAGCGAUUUAAAUUUUAAAUUUAACACAUAUAUAUAUAUUUCGGUAAACUCCGUCUAUUUUUAUCUAAAAUCAUUUUUUUAAAUGACCAUCUGAAGAUGAUACUGAAGUUGGCCGACGUCUGAUAAUUUUUAAAUUUUUUGAAAUCGACAAAUCAUAAAAAAAAAUAUUCAAAAAAAUUGCACUUAUAGUUUUUUGAAUUUUCUAUAUGUGUAUAUUUUUUUUUUUUUUUUUUGUAAUCGACUUGUUGAAAAUAAAAAUCAAAAAAUUGCUGACUGUCUGCUAACUUCAGGAUAAUUUCAAGUCAGCCGUCUAAUAAUUUUCGAAUUUUUUUUCAAACGAUAUAUUAUAAAAAAAAAAUAUUUGUAAAAAUUGCACCUAUAGUUUAUUAAAUUUUCUUUAUGUGCAUAUUUUUAGUUUAGUUUUUUUUUAAUUAAUUUGUUGAGAAAAAAAUCGGAAAAUUUUUAAUUCUCUUCUACUUCAAGAUCAUUCUGAAGUUUUAUAAAAAAAUAUACGCCGAGGUCGUGUAGUUUCUUGAAGUACCAACUAGAGGGAGCAAUUUGAAGUUUCAAAUUUGGUUUUUAUUAAUUUGACGAGUUAAAAAUUUUUUAAAAAAUAUGACUUUAAAAAAUGAUACUGAAGUUAGCCGACGUCAAAUAAUUUAUAGAUUUUUUAAAAAACGAGUAAAAAAAAUAUUUCAAAAAAUUGCACCUACAGUUUUAUUAAUUUCCUACAUGUGCAUAUUUUUAUUUUUUUUUUUUUUAAAUUAAAUCGUUGAAAAAAAAAAAUCCGAAAAUUAUCAAGUGUCUGCUAACUACAGGAUCGUCUUUGGAGACUUAAAAAAAAUUGAUUUGAUAAAAAUAGAAGGAGAUAAAUAACCGAUUUAUUGUGUCAAGUAAAAAUCUAAAGUAAUAAAAUUUUUACAAUUAAGCAAACACAUCGACAAUGACUAUAUUUUAUUACAUAUUUCAACCAAAAAGUAAACGAUGACAUGAUAGAGCGAGGAUAAGAAAAUAAAUGUAAAAUAAUAAAUAAAUAAAU